AUGAGGGGAUUAUCAGAAGAUACACCGCCAUCCUCUAUAAAUGGUGAUGAAAUCACCGGUAUGGAUGACGACGGGAUAUAUUUCGAGGAGAUGGAGGAAAUACAAUUUGAUGAUGAGGAAAUGGUAGAUGACCAAGAAGAAGAGGAUACGGAAAUGAUAAGACCAGAAGACCAUGCUACUACAGUGUUUAACAAACAUAACGGAUCAGUUUUUUGUUGUGACUUCCAUCCAAAUGGUAAAGUUGCUGUAACCGGCGGGGAAGAUGACAAAGCAUUUGUGUGGUCUACAGAAACCGGAGAGGUAAUAAUGGACUGCAUAGGACAUAAGGAUUCAGUGAUCUUUGUCGGAUUUAGCUUUGACGGGGCCUUUCUGGCUACAGUUGAUAUGUGUGGCUUAAUAAAAGUAUGGAAGGUUAAUUUGGAAGAAAAUCAACAAGAGCCAUGGUCUGUGGUAUUUGAAUAUGAGGCGGAUGAUCUAAGUUGGGGUCUAUGGCAUUUUGGGGCUAGAGUACUCAUAUGCGGGGCAGUUACGGGUGAUAUAUAUGUAUUCAAAAUCCCAUCUGGAGAUACAAAGGUUCUACAAGGACACAAUGUCAGAACAGAUUGUGGGAAGAUGUUCCAUGAUGGUGUCCGUCUAGCAGCUGGUUAUGAAGAUGGUACAGUGAAGGUGUGGGAUCUCAAAACGGCCACCGUUGUAUCACAAAUUCCACCCGGAAUACAUCAAAUAAGAGUCACUGCUAUAGAUAUACAUCCCGAUAACAGUCUCAUGUUAUCUAUAGCUACAGAUGGCAAAGCAGUCAUGACAACAUCAAGCAACGGCAAAGUUGUUGCACAGAUGGAAGCAGAAAAUGAUUUAGAAGUUGUUGCUUUUUCACCGGACCCACAGCUUGGAUAUUUUGCUUUAGGUACUCUCAACGGCUCGGUGACGAUAUGGGACACGGCGCGGCAAAUGUUACGGCACCAUUGCGCCAAAUCGCAGGAAUCCGACGGCGUCACUAAAAUGAUAUGGAUCAAAGACGAACUGGUCACUGGCUGUUUGGACGGAUCCGUGCGCGUGUACGAAGCGCGAUCCGGCAACCGACGAGUCGUCCUCACGGGACACUGGUCGGAAAUAUUAGAUCUCACUUACAAUGAAAAAGAAAAACUCAUACUGACGACCUCAGACGACGGCACCGCGAGGAUAUUCAAAUACAACGAACGAACCGAAUAG